AAAAGCUUGGUACAGCUCGGGAUGAAGGGUCAAAUUCAAUGCCCUGCUGGCCCGGGGGUUGUCCAGUGACCUUCGAAGCACAGCCCCGACUAAUCCCCGGGAUCUACCCCCCAAUUUGAUGCAGGAUGCCCGACUUACCGACCCCGGUGGAGAUGCUCUUGACCUUGUGCAGUACUCCGAAUUUACCAGCAUCAACUCCGCCACGGAGCAGCCCAAUCAUGACAACUUCAAGCUCAGUCUUCUCACUCAAGGGCCAAAGUUUGAAGUGCGAUUCAGGCGACUCAAUCGAUCCGCAUCUUCAACCAUUGAUCGCCGAUCAAGAUGUUCAAGUCGUGGUCUUUGGCGGUAAUACGUUUGGGGUUGGUGCUUGCGAACAAAUUGGAAUGGUCUUGAAAGAUAAGAAGAAGCUGAAGGAGGCUGAUCUGGCUGAUAUUUUCACCGGGAGAUUGAUAUCUGAAAUCCCUCAAUCGUUGGGCUCUCUAUGUAACUCACUCCUCAAUCUACAAAACUUGACGAUCGUCGACUUGUCGGAUAACGCCUUCGGAGGUCGAUGCGUAGACGUGAUGGUGCCGUUCUUGUCGUCACAUCUUCCCCUGGAAGAACUCCGACUGGCGAAUAAUGGACUAGGACCCGCGGGAGCUACGGUGAUUGCGAAUGCAUUACACAAACUAGGGAUGAAAGCGCAAGAAGCUGGACAAACUAGUCGACUGAGGAAAAUUGUUUGUGGCCGAAAUCGAUGCGAGAAUGGCUCGACUCAAGCCUGGGGACAAGCGUUUCAAGUUCACCCAGAGUUGAUCGAAGUGCGAUUAUUCCAAAACGAUAUUCGAAAUAACGGCUGGGACCCCAUCAUGGCAGGCCUUUCUCAUUGUUCGAAAUUGCAAGUCCUGGAUAUGUGGGACAAUACGGCUACGGAGAAAGGAUCUAAGGCUGUUGCCAACGCGCUGCCCCAUCUGAGUGCCUUGCGUGAAUUAAAUCUGGGUGACUGUCUUUUAAAGCCACGGGGUGGUGCUAUGAUCGCGAGAGCUCUCAAACUAGGCAACAAUCCUGGACUCGAACAUCUGAAGCUUUCUGGAAGUGAGAUCGAUGAAGAGGUUGUCGGAUUGCUGGUAGAUUACGUCAAGGAAUUCGGUUCGAAACUGAAGAAAGUCGAGCUGAACGAUAACUAUGGAGACGCGGACGCCGCCGGCGAGCUAUCAGGUAUCUGGGGUGCUAUGAAGGAAGCUCUGGACGCGUGGGACAACGGGGCUGAAUUGGAUGAGCUUGAUGAAAUAAUUGAAAGGGAGUCGGAUGAUGAAGACGAAAACUCGCAGGCGUCUGAUGAUGAUGGCGACAGUGAGGUCGAAGAAACGUCAGCCGCGGAAGAGGAUUCGGCUAGUGAGCGGGUAGUAACCAAGGAUAAAACAGAAUCCACCACAAACCAGUCAAAUGCGACUCAACCUAGCCCAACAGCUGUUCCUGGUGGCGAUCAAACUGUGCAGCCAGAAGUAAGUGAGAAAGAGUCGGAGAGUACGAUUGAAGAGACCGAAACCACCACUACGGCUUCCUCCUCGAAAAAAGAUCAACCGGCCAAAGAAGAUGGUAUCUAUGACUUAUUGACACAGACGAUCGAGGCAUUGAAAAUCACGUGAUGCGAAUUUCCUCCACUUCCAAUUCUUAAUCCAUAUCAUUCUUGUGACCUUAAAUCACUCGAGGAUCGUUUUUGUUGAGAGCGAGCUCUUAUAUGCGUGUGACUUAAUUUACACGACUAAAACAGCUCGUCCCUUGUUUUCGCCUGAUUUGCUCGCCUUGACUGUCCACUUAGCACCAUAGGCGCAUUUUCUUUUGGUUUCUUUUGUGUGUGUGUAGUUUGUUGCCAUGAGCCCUUCGGAAAAUUCAUUCAGCUUUUGUUGUCAGCCGACUUCUCCUGGCAAAUAAUAGCAGCAAGCCCCCACGAGCACCCCCAA